AUGCUUGACCAACGUGGGAUCGUAAAGAGACUGCCCGCCUCCCGAGAGUUUGGGAGCGGCUUGCAGCGGACGGAUGGAGGGGUUCAACUGAACAGGGGUGAACCCCACUACCAAACCGCCAAAGCCUCCAAUCUCGAUUUGGUCAUCUUAGCGCCCGAUGGCGUUAUCGUGCGAGGAAACGUUGUCUCCCGUCGCCCGUCACGAGCAUGUGCUGUUAUCGAUAACGCUUAUCAGCGCUUCCCGGCCCAGCGAGGUGGGAGACCAUCAAGGUGCGAGCACUUACAUCACAUUGCGUUCUUGGACCCUGAAGUUCUUGAGGUUAUCCGCAGUGGAUGUGGGGGAAACAUGGGUUUGCGGUCCAGGGCAGACUGGGAUUAUUUAGAGCCUGAUAGGAACCUGGAUGGCCGACUACACAAGACAAAAGCAUUUGGCCAUGGCAUUUCAGCUGAAUCCAAUGCCCAAUAUGAAAAGAUGGUGUGCACCACGCCGACGGACCGAUCCGUCGUGGCGUCCGAGGACAAGUUGGAGUGGGAUGUCGAUGAGGAACGCAGGGCUAAGAGGAAAAUCGACAUGACUGUGUUACCUCUCCUUGUCUUGGGUCUGCUCAUGUUCCAGCUCGACCGUAUGAACCUAGCUUCAGCACUUACAGCCGGCUUCGCGAGGGAUAUCAACGUCAGUCAGGAUACUAUCAAUCUGGGAAACCAGCUCAUGUUCAUGGGCACUGUUGUCUUGGAGAUUCCAUGUAACUUGCUGUUACAAAGGGUGCGUCCGUACAAGCCAACGCUCAAACUUAUUCACCUCCCCUCCCCUCCCGUUACCAGUUCCACCUCCAAAUUUGGCCCCCGAAAAUGGAUCUCCCUACAAGUCCUCCUCUUCGGCACCGUCGCCACGCUCCAAGUCCUCGUCAAGAACCGCGCCGGCUUCCUCGCCAUCCGCCUCAUGCUCGGCCUCGCUGAGGCGGGGUACAUCCCCGGAUCAAUGUACACCCUGUCCAACUGGUACUCGAAACACGAGCUGGCGAAGCGCAUUGCCGUCUUCAUGUUUGGGCAGUUUGGGGGCAACGCCCUGAGUCCACUGCUUGCUUCUGGAAUACUGAAGUUGGCCGGAAAGGGCGGGUUGACGGGUUGGCAGUGGCUUUUCCUAAUUGAGGGCCUGGCGACUCUGGUCGUUGCCAUGAUGCUCAUCUUCCUCCUCCCCGGAUCCCCCGACACGCCGAAACCCCUCGGAAGCCCAGGCCUGAUUCGAUUCUCGACGAGACAGCAGCAGAUCCUCCAACAAAGAAUGCAAAUCGAUGAGCCCGGAAAGAACGAUGGAGUAAACGGUAUCGUAAUCCCCUGGGCCCCCGUCUGGAAGACAGUCAAGCACUACAAGAGAUGGCCGCACUACGUAUCCACCUUUUGCGUCUUUUCGACGUGGUCGCCGCUCACAACAUAUACUCCUUCCAUCAUUAUGGCCCUCGGUUUCGACCGCAUCAGCGCCAACGCCCUGGCCGCGGUCGGCGCGUCUCUCGCCAUGGCCGUCGUCUUCGCCUUUGCCAUGCUGAGUGAUCGGUCUAAUAAGAGAGGAUCGACGGUGCUGUUGGGACAUGUGUGCUAUCUGACCAUACUGGUGGUGGCCCGGACAGUGCAUCCGCACGUCGGGAAGUGGUCGAGGUGGGGUUUGUGGACGGCCAUCAAUGCUUUUGCUGUCUGCUACCACCCGGCGCAUAACACAUGGCUGCAGGUCAAUUGCCGUGACCCGAGAGAGCGCAGCAUUGGAAUUGCCAUUUGGGUGAUGUCUGCCAUCAGUGGUUUAAUGGUAGGAUCUCAAUACUUCAGGGGUAACGAUCUGCCUUUCUACGACAAGGGCCUCUUGACGAUGAUCAUUAUGGUCUCGAUCGGCAUGGCGUUUGCUUUAUUGCAGGAGGCCGUUUAUGUGUUGCAUAACAGGCGCGUGGCGCAAGGCAAACACCGACCCAAGGACGCGGCGUUUGAAUACGAAUGA